AUGACGACGUCGUUGAGUUCCGUGAAGAACGUGAUGCCUCCAGGCCUCGUUUCCAACCUCCAAGAAGUGCUUCUGAGCAGAAAGGGCACCGAAGAAGAAGAAGAAGGUGUUGAACAAUCGAUGGACAAUGCUGAACCCUUAGAUUCACAGUCACAACUCUCUUCUUCUUCUUCUUCUACCACUACCACUAAUGAGGAUGUUGUUGUUGACAAUAGCUCCAAGCCCAUUGUGUUGGUCACCAACAGUGAUGGCAUUGAGUCCCCGGGUCUUACACACCUCGUUGAAGCCCUUGUUCGUCAGGGCCUCUACAAUGUUCAUGUCUGCGUUCCUCAAUCGGACAAAUCGCUUUCGGGGCACUCCGUGACUCUUAGAGAAACGGUGGAAGCAUGUUCUGCUGAAAUUAGUGGUGCUACAGCCUUUGAGGUUUCAGGAACUCCUGUGGAUUGUGUUUCACUAGCAUUAUCUGGGGCCUUGUUUUCAGGGUCAAAGCCAAUGCUGGUUAUUAGUGGAAUUAACCGGGGAUCAAGUUGUGGUCAUCUCAUGUUCUACUCAGGUGUUGUUGCUGGAGCAAGAGAGGCAUUAUUAUGUGGUGUACCUUCGUUGUCAAUAUCAUUAAAUUGGAAGAAGGAUGAAAGUCAAGAAACUGAUUUCAAGGAUGCAGUAGCACUUUGUUUACCAUUAAUAAAUGCUGCUAUCAGGGAUGUCGUAAAUGGAACUUUUCCCAAAAGCUGCUUUCUGAAUAUAGAAAUUCCUACAUCACCCUUAAGUAACAAGGGCUUCAGAUUGACCAAGCAAAGUAUGUGGAGAUCCACUCUGAACUGGCAGGCGGCUUCAACUAGCCACUAUCCUCCUGGUCAUUUCUUGGCCAGUAAACAAGGCCUUGGUCUUCAGCUUGCCCAGCUUGGCCGAGAUGCCUCCGCUGCUGGUGCAGCUCGCAGAUUAACUACACAGAAAAAGAAUUUGGAGAUUGUUGAAUCAAUUGGAGCUGCAAGAAAACCUGAUUCCAACAGGGUGAAGAAGUACUUCAGACUAGAGUUUUUGAAUAAGCAGCAGGAAGAUAUAGAUGACGAUCUGGAUUACUGGGCACUUGAAAGGGGAUUUGUUGCAGUUACUCCCCUCUCUCUUUCUCCUCAUAUUGAAACGGAUAUUCAAAUGGUAGCUUCUGAUUGGAUAUCUUCUGUGCUUCCUAGUGAACAAUAAACUCGAACAAAGUUCAGCGUGAUUGUGUACAGUUGAGAUUCAUGAUAAUUCUUUCUUUACUAUUUUCUUCCUUGAAGCAAAGGUGGAGCAGAAGCCGAAGUCACAUCUAUUCUAUAGUUGAUAUCAAUCUGUAUUGUUCUUUUUCGUGUAACAUUUUUUUAAUUCUCCUCUUCAUUGUUUCGUUUCCGUUGGUCGCUAUUUAUUUCUGAUGUGAAGCAAAUGCUUCUAGUAAUCUCCUAGGCAUAUUUUAAAAAAUGCCAUUUCGUCUGUUUUUAACAUCAACU